UGAUAUUGUGCGUAAUGGUUAUUAUUCCACGGGAACGACCUUUAGUUAUCGGUGGUUUCUCGAAGAGGUAAGAUCGCAGAUGCUCUUAAGCUCAGGUAAUUCGUUUUCGGAUAUCUAUUAUUUGCAGCAAUCUGUUUCAAGAAUUAUUAUUUAAUGAAGUGGACGUCACUAUAAUGAAUUUGAUACGGAUUAUGCAAACACUCAAAUUCUUUGGAAUUAUAGGCUUAAUAACCGGAAUUGCUUCUUUCACUGAUAAGAAUGUGCCGGCUAUAUUGCAGUGUAUAACACCGAUAGCAUAUAAUCACAUUUCACUGGGACUACCAAACACCAAGUUUACUAUUGCUUCUAAUGUUGAUAUAACCAUUACAUGUACACAACAAUACAUAAGAUUAUAUAUGGCACGUUCUUGCAAUUUACGCUCAUUAACAAUGAAAUCUAACAUUUCUGGUCAUUUUCAAAGUAAAGUCAGAUAUAUAGAAAAUUUAUAUCUUUCGGAAGAUCGAUUUAAAAGUGUGGACAUUAGUUUUAUCGAACAAGAUCGUGUAAACUUUACAUCAGAAUACAAAAUAACGACUAAAUACCUUGAACUAGAUAUACUAACUCUACACAAGGGAAUAAAAUUAACUCCCGGAAAAUACUCGAUAAAUUCGACAUAUACUUGUCGUUUAGAAGACGUUGCGAUAGCAUUUUCAUACAUAAAUCAACCACUUAACAAGACAGACUUUCUGAUUUUACCGCGUAUUCCUGCCGAAUGGAUAUUUCCGUAUUGGAAAAAUCCAGCAACCAAAGCUACCUUUACUAUUAAAGUUACACAUAAAAAUACUGAUACUGUUGUAUCAAAUACGGAUAUUAAAAAACAAAAUUUUUAUUCAGAAGAGUCACUGGUCUUUACAGAUUUUACUAGUACACCACCAAUAUUCACACAUUCGAUAGUACUAGCUAUUAUACCAAACUCUUACUACAUAUCUGCCAAGUUAAUAUCAAAAGAUAAAAUUAUUUUUAAAAGCAGAAAACAGGCAGAAAAUAACUUAUUCUAUGCAAAAAGUCUUAUUCAAAAUAUUUACACACAUAUCAGAAACACGUGGAAUAAAGUCAUUCCACAAUCACGUAAGGUUACUUACCUGAUACUUCCAGUAAAUGCGACUAAUUACAAAACUGUAAUAAUUGAAGGACUUGUUAUCUUCAGUGAAAAUGACAUUAUAUACGACGAAAAAGUAGAUUCAAUUAUAAGAAGAAAAGAAGUAACAUGUUUGGUAGUACGCAGUGUGAUACAAGAAAUGUUCAGUAAUUGGUUAGCUACAGAUAAACAAUCUGAUCUUUGGUUUGUCGAAGGUUUUUCAACAGUAUACGGCGUAUAUUUUCACGAUCAGCAUUACGGUAUGUCUUUACUAAAUCCGAUUGUGGUUCAGACACGGCGGGAAUUUUUUGAGUACACAGAAACAUUAAAAUAUGAUACUUCAUUCAUAGCACAAACAUCAAUACUUUGUAAAUUGUGGCAAACAAAAGCAUUCAGUACCUUCUAUAUGCUCAGUGUAGCUUUUAGUGGGGGUUUCCUAUACACUUCUAUAUUUCAGGAAGCUGUAAACUUAUAUUAUAACACUACAUCAACUGAUUCAAACAAUGAAUUGUCGCAUUUUGAUAAGUUCUGGAACAACAAGUUUGAGAAUUCUUCAGAUCAGAUUGCGUAUAUAGAAUAUAUCAAUCAUUUACUAACGUCAUGGACAGCACAAGUUAGGUAUCCUGUAAUACAAGUACGACGAUACGAUGAUAAACAAUAUUUGACAUUAGUGAAAAUAGAAUGUGUUAUCGUUGAUCAAAAAGAAGAGUUUAAGCGCAAUCGGUGGUUGCCUGUAAGAUUACACAAAAUAUCAACGACAAAAAUUCUUUUCACAUAUGAUGAUAUGCUACGAAUAGACGACAACAAUACUAUAGUUACAUGGUCUACUAGUAAACAUAAUUCUGUCAUUUUCGUGAACAGCACUGGAUAUCGCGUUAACUAUGACCGUGAAUCUUGGAAGAAUAUUGCUCUUUUCCUAAAAAAUGGAGAGUAUACACAUACUGAACUGUCUGAUGUCACUUUAGCACAAAUUCUAGACGAUGCUUUUUAUUUUUUGAUGCAAAAUACAAAGUAUAACGAAAAUCCUGCUUCAGAUGAUAGUAAUGUGGACAUAUACUUUGACCUUGCAAGCACUUUAUUUCGUGUGGAGAAGUCCUACAUAGCGUGGUAUCCUUUUCUUACUGCUCUUGAAAACAUGUCGAAGAAUUUUCUGUUUUCACAAAGUGGUGUCACUAAACAUAUCAAGGAUAGACUCGUGACAAUAUUGAAUAAGUUUCUUGAUGACAUACAUGACUUAUUUGACGUAUAUUCUUCAGAGAAUACUGUCAGUAAUCAAUUAUAUCACGAAAUUUUAAAAUGGUCAUGCGUUCUUGGCAGUUUAAAGUGCAAUGAUCAUGUUAAUGCAACAUUAGAGUGGCAUUUUACAAAUAUUGCAAAAAACAAACUUUUGCCAAGUUGGCAGAAAUGGAUAUAUUGCCAAGGUUUAAUGUUAGAAAAUGUCACUUAUGACUCAUCCGUAAUUUGGCAAUCACUAUUGAACACAUACAGAAAUCAGUCAAAACAUAUAGAAUUAUUUGAAUUCUUAAGUUGUUCUACACUUCAUUCUAAUAUUUUAAUGUCUUUCAAUUUGCUUUCUUCUUCUUUUCUACCUUUAUGUACAUUUAUUAGAAAUCAUAAGAUAAGUGAUCGUGUUUCUCUUAUUUUCGAUAUGUUGGCAAAGCAUUCAAAAAAUACUGAAUCCUUGACUGCUAUACUACAAGAAAUAGAACACAAAGUAUUACAAAGAAACAUUAACGUACAUGCAAUAGUAAGCUGUAUUAUUGACAAUAUAUAUUCAAUCCAAGACCUGUCGAUGAUUACCGAUGAAUCGUUCUUACACCAGUUGACAAACAUAUAUAAAAUGCCAUUAUUUAUUCUCGAUGCCAUUAAAGUAAAAGUUGAAAAUCGUCGUCGUUUCUUAGUUAAGGUGCAAAAUAUGUAAUUAGUCUAAACAUACGUAAAAAGUCAAACAAUGUAUUUAAUUACAAAUUAUGUA